UCUUGACCAAUAGCAAUCCGAAAUCAAAACUGAUCAACGGCAAUUUGACCUUAUCAAUUCGCUUACUCUUUGAAUUUGUAAUGACUAUCUCCGCGUCUCCAGUGUACAGCUCAUCCAAAUUCAAUUUUACCCAUGAUGUCGUGGGCUACUGGGGGCAAACAAGAACACGGAGAUCCAGUUACCCUAGUCUGGAAUCCACCACGCAAUAAGCGGCCCAGAAAUGCCCAAUCUUUCCAUUUCAGCUAUUUCUCAUACCGUGCGCGAAAGAUUGCACUAGGUCUGCGACGCCAGGGGGUUGAAAAGGGCCAUGUCUUGUUUUUGAUGUCGUCCAAGGCUCCGGUUUGGUAUGAAGUCUUUUGUGGUUGCAUUAUUGCCGGCGUAGUCUGUCCCUGUUCUCCAACCUUGCCACCGUCCGAAAUCACGAACCGCAUAGUCAAAGCUCGAGUAUUAGCCUUUGUGGGGAAUGCAAAGCAGAAGAAAUGGCUGUCAGAAAUUCAACAACAAGAACAUAUCAGUACUGGUGUACGUUGUAUCGUUCAGUUUUGUGGUGAGACAGACUGUUCUAGGCCAGACAUCCAUUCCCAUCAGUCUCUAUUGGAAUAUGGAGAUUUGGAGAAUAGUCAACAGGCGUAAUUUGACACCCAGUCAAGCGAUCCUUGCCUUUUAUACUUUACUUAUGGAACAACGGGCCAAGCCAAGAUUGUUCAACAUACACAUGUUUCUUGCCCAUACAGUGACUCUA